CUUUUUUUAGUCAUCAUUUUGCUUCAUUAAAAAAAAAAAAUAAGGAAAUGAGCCGAGCAAGAUUACCUUUGGAAUGUAUUCAUCUCAUCUGUGAAAUGCUUGUUGCAGAUUGGGAUUCAAGGACAUUGAGUGUUCUCUUGCGGGUCAAUAAAGAUUUUCAAGCCGUGGCGUUACCUCUCCUCUAUCGUGAUCCCUUGGCGUUCUUCUACCAGUCAGGAAAUCAAGCACGAGUUAAUCCAUAUCGUCGCUUCGGGGUCGUUGAUGCAUUCGCGCUGGUCCGACUUUUACUUUUAUGUGUCAAAAACAACAAAAGUGCCAUCACUCCAUGGAUCAGAGCUGUAUAUGCAUUCCCUUCCAUCACUCCCCCUACAUCAAAAGCCUCUAUUAAGGCCCCAGAGGAUAUCGUUAUGCCUAGGAAACGAAUGUUAAGUCUUUUAACUAUGGAUGACAAUUUCCCUCAGCAGCCUUAUGUUGAUUAUCUAUCCUAUGUCCAUGCAAUUUCUCUUGGCUUCUAUCAAGAUCAAGUUCUAGGCGUGAGUUGUGAUUUCGCCACAAAAUUACAGCAGUUCAACCGAUUCGGACGUCACGAAGUCAAAGAUAUGCUUAAGGAAGAUCCCUUAUAUUGCCAACUCAAAAAGGGGGAUAGGCCUAGUAAGAGGGAUAUCCGGCAUUUCAAAAAAUGCUUGACAGCGGAUGUCUUGUGGGCUCUUCAUUCUGAUCGCCCUGAGCAGAUGCGGAGGCUUACCUUCCAUAUACAAGACAUCCAGCGGUAUCAAGGGAUCAUCAAUCGUUUCAAGGAGCUCAAGUAUGUUGAAUUUGUGACCGAUAUCAAGUACCGGAGUCCAAUCCCUUCAGAUGAAACGGCUGAGUUUAUUAAGAGACAUACAAAGUCAAGCGGUACACUCGAAGAGGUCUAUCGAAGCUUCCAACUUGGACCCCCAUCCUCCAUAGCAUCGACUCACCCUCUACCAUUGCUCGUGGAGCCACGCGUCAUUGAUGGAAGGAACUGGAUGAGGGUUUGUAGUCGAUUAGGGGAUAUUGACUUUAGAUAUGUGAAGGAGAUUAACGAACCGGACAAAAUGGAGCCUUCUGGACUGGAAGAAGCGAUCGACCAAUAUGGCCCAUAUCUUCACAAGUGCAGGUCAUUAGAGUCAUUCAAAAGAAGUUCUUUCGAUGAAACAGUGGAUAGCUUCUUGUUUGCAGUGAAAGAGAAAGAUGCUGCAGGAUUUUCAAGAGAGCGUCCAAACACACCACGCGCUCUGUGCUCAGACGCAUCCACAACGGCGGUGGUAGCAAUGAAGCCAAAGGCGAUAGCAAGGACACCAGCAACAUUCCCAACAGCAGCUGCUUGGGGAGUUGGAGCGAUCAUUAGACAGGGCCAUGAUCGAGACUUUACUCUCAAUAACCAGCGCGUAAUGCUCAAACAUGUCAAUAUCUGUGGAUCUUCAAGAGUAUGGCCAUGGUUGAAUGAUGUUGUCUAUGCUUUCAGUGAGACAUUAGAGACUAUCUAUGUGGAUGAAGACAGAUGUAGCCAAAGCUAUUUUGAAGAGAACUGUCGUUAUUUCAAUCCCACUCCGACCCUUUUAUAUCUUGGCAGGCAAUGGUCACCACUUAAUCUCCGGCGGUUGGAGCUGUUUAGCCAUUGGAAAGCGCUUUUCAUUGACCCGAGGCUCCUAAGCCAAGUUACUUUACUGGAGCACCUUGUUCUUGAAGAUUAUGCCGUUUACACCGCUGACUUCUUUUUGCAUGCCGUUAAAGAUCUUCCACCGAGAACAAUAUGGAGCUCUUUAAAAAAUUUAAAGGAGCUACGUUUGAGGGGAUUUCCUGUUUACGAAUUCCAUCCAGAUUCUCUUGAGCAUAUGCUCAAGUUGGAGGUACUUUGUCUGGAUACACAUUGUCCUUCUUCAACGCCUGAGGGCAUGCCGUCAAUAAAGCAACCGAUACCUCAGAUGGCGGAAUACCUGCGCAACCGAGAAAUGUGGAACUGGCAAUGGCAGUUACCUCAACUAUCAUUUUUGGAACUAGACGGUGAAUUUGCAUGGGGCUUCCAGUUCAAGAUGUUACAGCACUCACCAAAGAUCCAUGUAUUGCAUCUCAACCUCAACACACGUUAUAUUCGUACCGAUGUAUCAUCUCGAGACUUCAAAUCGAGUUUAUUUCAGCUUGAUGACGACCCUAUCGACUUGUCAUCACUAUCAUCAUCACUAUUGUUACCGACGGGAGCAGGCAUUAAUAGCAGUAGCAACGGCAGUAGCAGUAACAGUAGUAGCAGCAGCAGCAGCGGCAGCAAUACGAAACAGCUCCUGAGCCUUCCAAACCUUCAUUACCUUGAACUGCGUGGACUCUGGGUCCUGGAACAGAAAGAGCUUGACAGGAUAUUUUUGGAUGUGAUGCCGAACCUGAGAGGCAUCCAUGUGGAGCAAAGGCUCCCGAAACUAGCACCAGAGCCAUGGAUUCAAUCGACAAUGAAAUUGAAGCAUCUUCGUGUGGCUCGAAUGAAGGGGGCGUUGAUUAUGCUUGACUUUCCUUUCGAGUUGAUCGGGCGGUACGGAUUACAGGCGUAUGUGGGUAGAUGUAUUGAUGAUGGAGAUAUCUGUCCUUCUCCUCAAACGAGGACAAUAACAAUAGAAACGAUUUUAGGGCAAGAGAAUUAUUUUUGUUGUAAUGAAACAAAGGCACGACCAUGGCCUGGUCGCACUUAUAUGUUCGAGUUGGCCAAGGCGUCUGAAGUUGAGUACGUGUUUGGAAAAAGUCGAUUUCGAUGCCAUGACGCCACGAUGCGUGCGAGACUUCAACAGGGACGACAACAAGAAUAAUAAUAAAAACAGC